UAUCUCUCCCAAACACCAGAUAGAGAACAUCCCACGUCACGUAGGAUAACCUGCAAUCGCCACAUCAGCCUCAAAAUCUCUACUUUGCACCUCAUAGGCUCAUAUCUCUGUGUCCAUUUCCUCAUUCACCAUCAAAAUUCCAAAGUUUUCAGCAGAAUCCACCAAAAAAAAUGGCUUCUGCUUCAGUUCCAAUGGCUUUGUCACUGUCCUCUGUUACCCACAACAAACUGAACAACCCAUCCUCCCAAUCCUUUUUCCAACCAUUACCCAUUAGACAGAACAAGACCCUCUUUGCAAAGCCAAGUUCAAAAUCCAAACAUGGGAUUCAUGCAUCUUUGAAGGAGAAGGCAGUUGCAGGACUCACAGCUGCUUCCAUGACUGCUUCCAUGGUGAUUCCAGAGGUGGCUAAUGCAGCUGGAAAUGAUCUCACCCCAUCUCUCAAGAACUUUCUGCUCAGCAUUGCAGCUGGUGGAGUUGUGCUAACAGCCAUAUUUGCAGCAGUUAUUGGUGUUUCCAACUUUGAUCCUGUUAAGAGAGCUUGAAGUAUGUCUCAAAGCUUUUAAAAUUUCAGUCAUUUUUCAUUGUUUAAGCUUUCUGUUUCUUGUAUUGUGUUUAUGCAAAUGGUUGUGCUAUACUUGUUAACUUAAUCACAACAGCACCUUAUGUUCUAUUCACUUCAUGUUGGAUAACUUCUCUUUUCUCAUAA